AUGACUCAGUCUCUCAAAAUUUCUGAUUUGUAUUGUGAAGAAGAAGGGUGGUGGUAUAGAAAUUUAGAAAGGAGAGUGGUGCGAAAAGAAAAAGGCUUCAUAGUUGGGCCUGACAGUGAAAUGGGAUUUGAGAUGGUCAGGCCCAUACCAAAAGAGAUUGAACAAAUUACUACAAUAAAAACUCGUGGGUCAGUGGGUGCAGGGAAAGUGUUGAGUGUUCUGAAACCAAAACACUAA